CCUCGAUCGCGCUCUCCCCUCGUCCCCCACCCCGUUCGUAGACCCUCUCCCCUCUCUCCUCUCCCCCUCUCCUCUCCCUCUUCUUCCCCCGAUCUCCUCGGAUCUCGCGGGUUCCGCAGCCAUGGCGCAGCCCCUUGUGAAGAAGGACGACGAUCGCGACGACGAAGCGGAUUACUCUCCAUUUCUUGGAAUUGAGAAGGGUGCGGUGCUCCAAGAGGCCCGAGUGUUCAAUGAUCCCCAGCUCGAUGCAAGGAGAUGCUCACAGGUUAUCACCAAGCUUUUGUAUCUACUUAAUCAAGGGGAGACCUUUACGAAGGUUGAGGCGACCGAAGUUUUCUUUGCUGUAACUAAAUUGUUCCAAUCCAAGGAUACUGGGCUUAGAAGGAUGGUUUAUCUAAUGAUCAAGGAGCUUUCUCCAUCUGCUGAUGAGGUCAUUAUUGUCACCAGCUCGCUGAUGAAAGACAUGAAUAGUAAGACCGAUAUGUACCGUGCCAAUGCUAUACGAGUUCUUUGCAGAAUUACUGAUGGUACUCUUCUUACCCAAAUCGAGAGAUACCUAAAGCAAGCGAUUGUUGACAAGAACCCGGUUGUUGCUAGUGCUGCUUUAGUCAGCGGCAUCCACUUACUUCAGACAAAUCCAGAAAUUGUGAAAAGAUGGAGCAAUGAGGUUCAGGAGGCUAUGCAAUCAAGAGCUGCUCUUGUACAAUUUCAUGCUCUUGCUCUUCUUCACCAGAUUAGACAAAAUGACCGCUUGGCUGUUAGCAAGCUGGUUACCAGUUUAACAAGGGGUUCAGUUCGCUCACCUCUCGCCCAAUGCCUGCUCAUUCGAUAUACUAGUCAGGUCAUUCGGGAGUCAAGCACGAACUCACAAACUGGGGAACGGCCCUUCUUUGAUUAUCUCGAAUCUUGUCUGCGGCAUAAAGCAGAAAUGGUGAUAUUUGAGGCUGCGAGGGCAAUAACGGAGCUAAGUGGUGUCACCAGUAGGGAGUUGACCCCUGCAAUCACUGUGCUGCAGCUGUUCCUGAGUUCAUCCAAGCCAGUCCUUAGAUUUGCAGCUGUCCGCACACUCAAUAAGGUUGCAAUGACACAUCCCCUGGCAGUUACAAAUUGCAACAUAGAUAUGGAAAGCUUAAUUUCAGAUCAGAACAGGAGCAUUGCUACUCUUGCUAUCACUACUCUUCUGAAGACAGGCAAUGAAUCUAGUGUAGAUCGCUUGAUGAAACAGAUAACCAACUUUAUGGCUGAUAUUGCAGACGAGUUCAAGAUUGUUGUUGUUGAUGCAAUACGAUCUUUGUGCCUGAAGUUCCCUCUCAAAUAUCGUUCGUUGAUGAAUUUCUUAAGCAAUAUUCUGAGAGAAGAAGGGGGUUUCGAAUAUAAGAAAGCAAUUGUUGAUUCAAUUGUUACUCUUAUUAGAGAUAUACCGGAUGCCAAGGAAAGCGGUUUAUUUCACCUUUGUGAAUUCAUUGAGGAUUGUGAAUUCACGUAUCUUUCUUCUCAGAUACUUCACUUUUUGGGGAAUGAAGGCCCGAAGACAUCAGACCCCAGCAAAUACAUAAGGUACAUUUAUAAUCGCGUGAUACUUGAAAAUGCCACUGUCCGUGCUAGUGCUGUAAGUACGUUGGCAAAGUUUGGAGCAAUGGUCGACUCACUGAAGCCUCGCAUAUUUGUUCUUUUACGGCGUUGCCUGUUCGAUACCGAUGAUGAGGUUCGUGAUCGUGCAACACUUUAUCUCAAAGUGCUCGGUGGUGAGGUCACAGUUGGUGAAACUGAGACGGAUGCAAAUGACUUUCUUUUUGGUUCUUUUGACGUUCCACUUGUCAACUUGGAAACAAGCCUGCGGAACUAUGAAGCUUCCGAAGAACCUUUUGACAUUAAUUCUGUGCCAAAGGAAAUCAAGUCACAGCCUCUUGCCGAGAAAAAGGCUCCGGGUAAAAAGCCUACUACUGGCUUGGGAGCUCCUUCCAAUGGUCCUGUUUCAGCUGUUGAUGCAUACGAGAGGCUGCUCUCAUCCAUUCCUGAGUUUGCUGGCUUUGGAGCUCUAUUCAAGUCAUCUGCUCCAGUGGAGUUGACAGAGGCUGAGACUGAAUAUGCAGUUAAUGUCGUGAAGCACAUCUAUGAUGGGCAUGUUGUAUUCCAAUACAAUUGUACAAAUACAAUACCCGAGCAGCUACUCGAAAAUGUAACUGUUUUCGUUGAUGCCUCGGAAGCUGAAGAAUUCGCAGAAGUUGCAUCAAAGCCUUUAAGAAGCUUACCUUAUGAUACACCUGGACAAACUUUCGUGGCUUUUGAAAAGCCAGAAGGUGGUCCUGCUACUGGGAAGUUCUCUAAUAUAUUGAAGUUUAUUGUUAAAGAGGUUGAUACAUCCACGGGAGAAGCUGAGGACGAAGGCGUUGAAGACGAGUACCAGCUAGAGGACCUCGAGAUCGUCCCUGGAGAUUACAUGCGGAAGGUGCCAGUGGCCAACUUCAAGAAUGCUUGGGAAAGCAUGGGCCCAGAAAAUGAGCAGGUCGACGAGUACGCACUUGGCGUAAGGGAGAGCCUGGCCGAGGCCGUGAGUGCUGUCAUCAACAUUCUUGGCAUGCAACCGUGCGAGGGAACUGAAGUGGUGCCGAGCAAUUCGAGGUCGCACACUUGCCUUCUGUCCGGUGUCUACAUCGGCAAUGUGAAAGUCCUGGCAAGGCUGUCUUUCGGGAUCAGCGGGCCCAAGGAGGUCGCGAUGAAGCUCGUGGUGAGAUCGGAGGAUCCGGACGUCACCGCCAGAAUCCACCAAAUUGUCAUCGAGAGUUAACAACGGAGAGUUAAAUGUCUCCCGAUCUUCUUCUUUCUUUCCCCCAGCGGGAACUUAAAGCAGUAGAUGAAGGGCUCCCUUUCUGUCUCUCUCUCUCUCAUUUAAUUACUUUUCACUCGAUAGUUAAGAAAAACAGCUCUUGUAAGUUUUGAGAGAAGACCUUUUGCUUCAAGUUGGGUGAGAGGAUGUUUCUGGUGUUCAGAAAUUAUACCUAGUGAGAUAAUUCGUUUUACUUGAAGACUCUUUUGGCAUUUUUUUUUUUUUUUUUUCAUUUUAGUUUUUAUCUUUAUUUUUAUAGUAGAAUAUUGUGAACAAUCUUGUUAAGACUUUAAUUGCUCUAGAUUGUUAUUCUUUAUUCAGAGGAGCAGUAAAAUCUCUCCUGCACUUUGUUGUGAUAAAUAA